GCAACGAAUUUAAGAGCGGUUUCCAUUAUAAUUACAGAAUCAAAAUCACAGUCUCUCUCUGCUCAGAAAUCAAAUUCAGCUUCGGAAAAGAAGAAGAGAGAGAAUCGAAGCAAUGGAGGUGGAGCUGAAGGAGAUGCUCAACGACCUCGAAUCGCUGAAGAGUUCGCUCACCGAUCCUUCUCUUACUGCUCCAAUCGACAAGCUACAACUGCGUGUAGAACGUCUUACCAGUCUUGCAAAAACUGGACCUGUUCGUCGAUCUAAAGUUCAGGAUAUGAGUGCUGAGGUGGUGGAUAGCAAUCCUUACAGCAGGCUUAUGGCACUUCAGAGGAUGGGCAUAGUGAAAAACUAUGAAAGAAUACGGGAAUUCUCAGUUGCCAUAGUUGGAGUAGGUGGUAUAGGAAGCGUAGCAGCUGAGAUGCUAACAAGAUGUGGUAUUGGUCGCCUUCUGUUGUACGAUUACGACAAAGUAGAGCUAGCUAACAUGAAUAGGUUAUUCUUUCGUCCAGAGCAGAGUGGUAUGACAAAAACAGAUGCUGCAGUACAGACCCUUUCGGACAUAAAUCCUGAUGUUGUGCUUGAGAGCUAUACACUGAACAUCACAACAGUGCAAGGUUUUGAAAUCUUUACGUCCAGUUUGAAAGAUAAAUCGUUUCGCCCAAGUAAAGAAGGCAGUGGAGUAGACCUUGUGUUAAGCUGUGUUGAUAAUUACGAAGCUCGAAUGGCUGUUAAUCAGGCUUGCAAUGAGUUGAAUCAGACAUGGAUGGAGUCUGGUGUCUCUGAGGAUGCUGUUUCUGGUCAUAUUCAGUUGCUUAUACCUGGUGAAACAGCUUGUUUUGCAUGUGCCCCACCUUUGGUUGUAGCAUCUGGAAUUGAUGAACGCACACUUAAGCGGGAAGGAGUUUGUGCUGCAUCUUUACCUACCACUAUGGGAGUUGUUGCUGGGCUACUAGUUCAAAAUACACUCAAAUACUUGCUGAGCUUUGGAAAUGUCUCCCCAUACUUGGGAUAUAAUUCUCUUAAAGACUUCUUCCCCACUAUGGAAAUGAGGCCAAAUCCUCAGUGCUCAAAUUUUGCUUGUAUGGAACGUCAGAAAGAAUACUUGCUCGCCAAGCCGGCGAGGGAUGCUGCAAGUAAAGCAAAGAUGGAAGCCGAAGCAUCAUCAUCUGUAAUAGAAGCUCCACUCCAUCUCGAUAACGAAUGGGAAAUAAGCGUUGUUGAUGAUACAGAGCCAGAUAGAAUAGAGGCCAAAAGUUCAGAUACUCUUCCAGAAGGUCUUGUUAGGGAGCUUCCCACUGCUGAUGACUUCCAAAAACCAGCUGCUGAAGCCACAGAUUCUGCUUUUGAUGACCUAGAAGAACUUCGGAAACAACUCGACGCCCUAAAUUCUUAAUACAUCACACAUGUCACCUUUGUUGAUGUAACCUAUUGUAGCUUUCAUUGUUUGUAGUCACCACCCUGAAGAGGGUGCAAAUGAGGUAGAUAAUACCUAAUUUCCAUAGUUCGAAAAGUCUGUUUCCAACUGUUACA